CUCAGAGCAAACAGUACCUCAUGAACUCAUUCACUAGACCAGCACACAAUGAACAGUGUGGAUCUCUGUUUAUCUACUUGGAACAGUUGAAAAAUUGAACCAGAACUGCUGGGAGUUGAAAUUAUGCUUCCUGGAAUCUAGAUCCAAACUUGGUUGUGGAAUUGCUCAAGAUAUAAGAUCCAGGAAAAGAACAUUUUCUACAUAAGAGUGACCAUUUAGACGUAUUUGAUUUUAAAAUCAAUAAUUGUGUGGCUGUUGACUCAUGCUGUGUUCCUUCACUGAAGUUUAAAGAACAGAGUGAACUUCCCAGUAAUAUUGUUGUAACACUAUGACUAACUGUAAAGGAAGAUCUACCACUGCCAAAUUAAAUGUUAAUGGUAAAGCUUAUGAUGGGGAAAGUUUUGUAAAUUGGACUAUAAAUCUAAACACAAUUCAGUCUGACAAAUUUCUACAUCUUCUGUUGAGUAUGGUUCCAAUUGUUUACCACAAAAAGCAGGAAGAACGAUACAAAAAAGUGAGUGGUGUAAGGCAAGAUGGAUUACAACACAUAGGACACAAUUUUAAUGUUAUAUCUGAUCAACACAUGGAAUACCACCACUUCUCUGAACCAGCUUUUCAUGGUAGUAAUGGACACAAUCCAUCUAACUGUAGUCCAAAGUAUGAUGACUUGGCCAGUUAUAAUUAUUGUGAUGGAAUGGACACUUCAGAAACAGAUGCCAUACUGCAGGAUGACAACUUGUCUAGUGAUGCGGAUGAAGAUGUCAUUGUGGAAAGGAGCAGAAAGCAGCCAAAGGAGUCCAGUAGUAUUAUGGCAUUACAGAUACUUGUUCCAUUUUUGUUAGCAGGAUUUGGAACAGUUUCUGCUGGCAUGGUUUUGGAUAUUGUGCAGCACUGGAAAGUGUUCAGAAAUGUUAGUGAAGUUUUUAUCUUGGUUCCUGCACUACUUGGUCUCAAAGGUAAUUUGGAAAUGACUUUGGCAUCUAGACUAUCAACUGCAGUAAAUGUUGGGAAAAUGGAUUCACCCAUUGAGAAGUGGAACCUAAUAAUUGGCAAUUUGGCCUUAAAACAGGUCCAGGCAACAGUAGUUGGUUUUCUAGCAGCAGUGGCAGCAGUCACACUAGGCUGGAUUCCAGAGGGCAAAUAUCGCCUUGAACAUUCAAUCCUUUUGUGUUCUAGCAGUGUAGCAACUGCCUUCAUAGCAUCUCUUCUACAGGGGAUAAUUAUGGUUGGAGUUAUUGUUGGAUCAAAGAAGACUGGCAUAAAUCCUGACAAUGUUGCCACACCGAUUGCAGCAAGUUUUGGAGACCUUAUCACUCUUGCUAUACUAGCUUGGAUAAGUCAGGGUCUUUAUGAUUGUCUUGAGACCUAUCACUACAUAGCUCCUUUAGUUGGUGCCUUUUUCUUGGCUCUGACUCCUAUAUGGAUUGUAAUAUCUGCCAAACAUCCAGCUACAAGAACAGUUCUCUAUUCAGGGUGGGAGCCUGUUAUUACUGCUAUGGUUAUAAGCAGCAUUGGUGGCCUUAUUCUGGACACAACUGUUUCUGAUCCUAAUUUAGUUGGGAUUGUUGUUUAUACUCCAGUAAUCAAUGGUAUUGGUGGUAAUUUAGUAGCAAUUCAAGCUAGCAGAAUUUCUACCUACCUCCAUUUACAUAACAUUCCUGGAGAGUUGCCUGAAGAAGCAAAGGGCUGCUAUUACCCAUGCAGAACCUAUUAUGGUACAGGAGUAAAUAAUAAAUCAGCCCAAGUUCUUCUCCUUUUGGUGAUUCCUGGGCAUCUGAUUUUCUUGUACACCAUACAUUUAAUGAAAAGUGGCCACACCUCUUUGACUCCAAUUUUUAUAGCAGUAUAUUUGUUUGCGGCUCUGCUACAGGUGUUUACUUUGUUAUGGAUUGCUGACUGGAUGGUGCACCACUUCUGGAAAAAAGGAAAAGAUCCCGACAGUUUUUCUAUCCCUUAUCUUACUGCGUUGGGAGAUCUGCUUGGAACUGCCUUAUUAGCUAUGAGUUUUCACUUUCUGUGGCUCAUUGGGGAUAGAGAUGGGGAUGUUGGAGACUAAACAUUCAGGUGGACAUAUUAAUUGUUCCCAGUAUAUUCGGAAAAAAUAGGAGACAACCAUUCCAGUUGAAGGAUUUCAAAAACAAUUUUCUAUUUAGUAUAGGUAAUUAAGGUGGCACAGGAAUGAUUUUAUGGCCUUAAUUUUUUUAAAUAAAUGGAACAGGAAUGAUUUUAUCUGAUUUUUACUCUGAAGAUGGAGACUGUUUCCAUUUGAAAACAUCUGAUCAGAGACAAUGAAGUAUAGACUGACUGUUUGCCAGCUAUUUUGUAUUAGGAAAAAAUGGAGUAUUUAAAAAAUGAAAAUCAUGAAAUAUCAUAUAAACUAGAACUGUCUUUAAUUGACAAUAAAUGCAAGGUCAAGAAGAGAGAUGAAAACA